GGGGCGCCGCCCGUGCCGCCCGCAGCAUGGCCGUGCCGCGGGAGCCGCCGCCGCCGCCCGCCCCGGCGCUGCCGCCCGCCCCCGCCGCCGCCGCCCCCACCUUCGCCGCGGCCCGCGGGCUCGUCGGGCGCCGCUACUCGUGCCUGGUGGUGGCGCCGCACCGCAGACACGUGGCGCUGCCGCCGCGCUUCCUGGGCCGCAAGCGCUCCGGCAUCCGCGCCCAGCUGGACGCGGAGCUGCUGCGAUACUCGGAGAGCCUUCAGGGUGUGCCCGUGGCUUACGACAACAUCAAAGUGGUGGGUGAGCUUGGCGACAUUUACGACGACCAGGGAUUCAUCCACCUCAACAUCGAGGCGGACUUUGUCAUCUUCAGCCCCAAGAAAGGGAAAAAACUGGUGGGUGUAAUUAAUAAAGUGGCCCCUAGUCAUAUUGGCUGCCUGAUACAUGGGUGCUUCAAUGCAUCUAUCCCUAAGCCUGAACAAAUGUCAGUUGUACAGUGGCAAGAGCUGGGGUUAAAAAUAGGGGAUGAACUGAAAUUUCAAGUGUUGCACUUGGAUUCCGAUACAGCUGGGGUGUUCUUCAUUCGAGGAGGACUCACUAAAAAAAGCAUGCGGCCCAGACGAUCUGAGACCGUUACUGACAGUACAAAUGGGAAUGAAAUUCAAAAGCUUGACCACCAGGAAAAUGGCUUGAAUGACUCUGGGGAAGAUAAUGUAACAGAAGAGCCUUUAAAUGAGACAAAUAACCUUGGGAGGGAAAAUGAAGAAGGGCAAAGUGUUGAUGCUGUGAAUGGGUUAUGUGAUGAAACAGGCAAGAAGAAAAAGAAAAAGAAAAAGGACGAACAGGAACAGGUAUUGCCUACCAGUGACUCCAGUGGUUACCAAAGUGACCAUAAAAAGUCAAAGAAAAAGAAAAGAAAGCAUUGUGAAAUUGAAGAAAGUGAAUUAUCUCAGCUGUCAGAAAAACCCAAAGCUAAAAAGAAAAGGGACUAAAGCCUGAAGUGCCUUUCCUGAAUUAGAUUUGAGACAUGUUUUGUAAGUUCCAAUAAAACCCUGUUUUCAAAAUG